AUGGUUGGUUUAUUCAAUAAGAGAAGAAGACCAGAUUCUUAUCAAGGUUUUAGUAAAUAUGCUCAUGAAAUAAAUCAAUAUCAUAAUAAUUCACAACAACAUGCUGGUUUACCAAUACAACAACAACAACUGCAACAAGGAGUUCAAAGAAGUCAAUCAUUAACUAGUGCAGGUCAAGCAGCAGCAGCAGCAUUAAGAUUACAUUCAUCACCAAUCAAAAAUCAUCAAAAUCAACAACAUCAACAAUAUAGCAAUAUUAAUAAUAAAUCUCAAUAUAAUCAUACAGCAGCUCAAAGACAAUAUGGUAGAUCAAAUUCAUUAAGUAAUAAUAGUGAUGGUAGAUCAAAUUCUUUAAGACAAUAUACUUAUCAUCCUCAAGCUUCUUAUCAAGUAGGUCAAUCUUCUGGGAAGCAACAAUCAACUAAUACAAAUAAUAAUAAUUCUGAAGUAAGAAGAUAUAAUAGUUUAGGAUCAAAUAGUAGAAAUAAUAUUUCAAGAAAUAAUCAAUCACAACAAAGAUCAGUACAACAACAACAUCAACCACAACAAAGACAACAACAGCAAUAUAUACAUGAAGGAAUUGAAGAAGAUGAUUAUCCAAUACAUGAAGAAGGAGAAGAUGAAGAAGAAUAUGUAGUUACAACCACCACUACAAAAGUUGUUGAUUCACAAGGUAGAACUCAAUCAAUAAUCACCAAAACAAUUAAAACUUUCCCAGAUGGUUCAAAUAUAAUAGAAACAGCAACUAAAAAUAUUUCAAGAUCAAAUUCAAGAUCAAAUUCUUUAAGUUCUGCAAAUUUUAGAUCUAAUUCAAUGACUCAUCAACCUAUAAAUUUAACCAAGAUAGAUGAAGAUUUAACUAAUUUUGAUUAUGAUUAUCAAGUUGAUGAUUUAAAUGAUGGAAAUAAAUUGAAAUUAAACACUGGUGAAUCACAAAAUCAACAAUAUCAACAGCUUCCACAACAACAACAACAAAGAGAUAUAAUACAUGAAGAAGAUGAAGAAGAAAAUGUAGUUGUAAAACCUUCUGAAUUAGGUGAACCAUUUACUGAUGAUUUAUCAAAACCAAAAUAUUUAGGUGCAUCAGAUAGAACAAAUUCAAUAACAAGUCAAGGUAAACCAAUAAGAUCAAUAUUGAAAAGUCAAAAACCAAUUGAUGAAUUUGAGGAAUCACCAUCACAACAAUUACAACAACAUCCAGUAGGAGUUGAUAAUAUACCAAUUGCUGCCGCUGCUGCCGCUUCGGCUGCCCCACAAGCUGCUUCAAAUGAUGUAAAUGAAGCCUUACCUAAAAAUUCAAAACAUCCAUAUCAAAAUUUAACUCAAAAUACUCCGACUCAAUCAAAAACUAACAAAACAAAAAGUCCAAAUUUUGGUCCACAAUCUUCAUCUUCAAGAUCUAAUCAAAAUUCAAGAACCGUUCAACCAAUUUCUUCACCAAAAGAAGGUAUUCAUUAUAGUCAUUCACCAGGCAGUUCAAUAAAAUUUGAUGAUAAAGUUGAAACUAUACCUAUACUUAGUGAGAGAUCGACUUAUCCACAACAACAAUAUUCUCCACCACAACAACAACAAUACCAACAACAAUACCAACAAUAUCCUCAAAAUCACUAUCAACAAAAUUCACCACCAACUCAAAACCAAUAUAAGUCGAAAGGUAAAAAAUCAACCCCACCAGGUCCACCUUCUAAUCAACAACCAAGUGCUGAUUUUUAUGCAGCAGCAAUGCAAGCAGCUUACAAGAAAGUUUAUGGAGAUCGUGAUCCAAAUGCAGUGUCACCACAACAACAACCAACUUCUCCAACUUUGGCUAAUCCAUCACAACAACCAUUAACUCCUCCUCAACAACCACAAGAAGAUCACCGUAAAUCCAAAUUUGGAUUUAUUCCGUUGAGUCCAAGAAAAGAUCAACAACAAUAUGAAUCACCACAACAAAUUCAACAACAACCAGAACAACAACGGACAUCAUCAAUUAAUUCAUUUAUAAGAAACAAGAUUCAAAAUGAUCAAAAAGCAGCAGCACAAGCAUCAAAUGAAAAAGCCAUUCCAUCAAAUUACGAAUAUACAAACCACCAUAGAGAAUUUCCUUUACAUUCAAUGAGGGAUCAACCAAAAGUAGCAAACAUGAGGAAGGAGAAAUUGAAAGAAGAUACAAAAUUAGCAAAAGAACAAGAAAAAGAGCAAAGACAAUUAGCUAAAGAAAAUGCAAAAGAACAAGCAAAAGAGGAAAAACAAAGAGCUAAAGAAAAAGAAAUUGAAGAUAAGAAAUUAGCUAAAGAACAAGCAGAGUUAGAAAAACAAAGGGCAAAAGAACAAGCUGAGGAAGAAAAAUUAAGAGCCAAGGAACAGAAGAAAAGGGAUAAGAAACCAAUCUUUGGUGGGUUGUUUAGUAGAAGAAAAAGUCAAUCUGGUACUUCUGUUUAUUCAAAUGAAAGUAAUCCUGUUGGUGGUCAAAGACAAACUCAAAGAAAUAGUGUUGAACCUACUGCUAAUAAUAAUGUUGGUACAAUCCCUGUUGUUGUUGAAGACUCUACUCCAAUUGAUAAUACUGGCUUAAGUAAUAAUCAACCACAAACUACUACAAUUGUCACUGGAACUACAUACCCUGAUAAUACAAUUACUGAAACUACAAUAAUUGAACAAGAGCCAAUUCAAAACGCUAAUACUUCGAAAUCAGCUGCUGGUGUUGAUCAAUCAAAAGGUUCAACUACACGUGAACCAAUUCCUGAAACAAAUUUAGCUCCGCGUCCAGAAAUAAGUGAACCAGUCAAAGUUGAAAGAUUGGGACCUGCUCUUGAAACACAAGCUGAUAAUAUAGUUGAAGAAAUUCAAAAUGAAGCUUUAGAAAACGGAGUAGUUAACGUUGAAGGUGUACCAAUAAGUGGUGAAACAUUAGGACCAAACUUGAAUGAAAUCCAAGAACCAUUAAAUGAACCAGAAUUUUUAAAUCCAUCUAAUGCAAAUAUUGAACCUGAAAUAUUGGAAGAAGAAGAAAUAGAACAAGUGAAAGGUGAUCCAACUCAUGAUGUUCAACUUGACAAUGGUGAAUCAUACAAAAUCUCAGUUCCAAGAAAUCAUUCAUAUGAAGAUUAUAGAACUCCAGGUGAAGAAAUAAAUGAAUUUUUACCACUGCCAAACAUUGGUCAAAGAGAUUCAAAAUUCAUUGAUGACUCAUACACUACAAAUAAUCAAGCAAUAGAAUCAUCAAAUAUACCAAAAGUUCCAAAACCAGAAUUGAAUGAAAUUGAUGAUGAUGAAUAUGAACAAGAAGAACCAUCUUUCAAAAGUUAUGAAAAAGUUGAACCACCAAGUAAGGAAGUUGAAGAAGUUUAUGAUAUUGUUGAUGAACAAGAAUUAAGACAAUUACAAGCUGAUCCAAAUGUUAAACUUGAAGAAGUUAAACCAAUCAAUCCAUCGUCAGCUAUAGAAAGUAAAACUCCUCAAGUUAAUGCGGUACCAACUUUUACUUCAGAUGAAACCAUUCAACAACCAACAACACUAGAUCCAAGUUCUCCACACCAAAAAUUAGGUCAUGAAGUGCAUCCAUCAGCAUUUGUAAAAGAUCAUAAAUUAUCUCAACCACAUGAAAAUCAAACUUCUGAUACAUUUGCAGGUUCUCAAUUUAUUAAAAAAGAUCAACCACAAUCCAAAGUAAGUAAAAAUUUACCACGAUCACCACAACAACCAAAUUUUGUAACUGAUGAACCACCUCAACAACAACAACAACCAACCUCAACAUCUCAAACACACGGAAGUGAAACUUAUGCACCACCACAAGAGAAGAAAAGAGAAACUUACUCAUCAGUAGAUCAAGAUUCGUCAGCUCAACCAAGUGCAGAUACUUUACCAACAACGCAAUCAAAGUAUGGUUACGAUCAACAACAACAACAACAACAACCACUUCAACAAGUAGCAGAUACUUCAUACGAACAAAAUGGUGAUCAUGAUGUUGUAAUUGAAGAAAAGAAAAAGGGCAAAUCCAAGAAAGAUAAAAAACCAAAUAAAUUUAAAGAGAAAUUGUUCAAGUACUUCGUUAGUGCUUAUGAUAAUUAG